AUGUCUGCGGUCGUGCUUCAGGUUGGACAGUGUGGAAACCAGCUGGGCUUUGAGUGGUGGGGGCAGCUUAGAAAGCGGGCAAAACAAUGUCCGUUCAGUACCAAGGAUGGGACACUAGCAGCAGUGUGUGUGGACAGUGAGUCCAAAGUCCUUAGAGGAGCGAGCCAGUUUCUAAAAGCCAAAAAACUCCGUCAGUGUAACAUUGUGCAGGGAAAAGGAGGAAGGGGAACCAACUGGGCAUACGGGUACCAUGGACACCGUGGUGCAGGAGAGAACAAACUGCUCCUUGAGGCGAUGGAGUCCAUUCGCCGUGAGGCAGAAAGACGAGAUUACUUCGGUGGAACUGUGCUGUUCCACAGUCUCAGUGGAGGCACAGGGUCUGGACUUGGUUCACGGCUGUGUGAAGAGAUCAGAGAGGAGUUUCCCCUGGCCCAUAUCCUUACAGUGUCAGUGAUGGCCCAUCAGAGUGGAGAGAGUCCACUUCAGCACUACAACACUCUGCUGAGCCUGGCUUCACUGCACAGGUCGGUUGAUUGUCUGCUCUUGUUUGAUAAUGAUUAUGCACUCUCCUCUGCUGGAGUACCACGCAGGCCGACUCUGGGGCCUCCCAGCCCGUCCAGUGGCCCGACACAGGGGUCAUUUUCUGCAGUGAAUACACACAUUGCUUCUUGUGUUGCUGGGCUCCUAAUGCCAGUUCAAAGCCUCCACACAAAGAGUGGCCUGAGUUUAGGAGCAGAGCCCUGGGAGUUGAUUCGAUCAGUGUGCCCUUUGCCUGCAGCCAAACUCCUAUACUCCACUCAGGCUUGUGCCAGUGAAAGUGUGCACUGGGAUCGUUUGGUAAGCAGCACACUCCAGUCUCUACCUCAGCUCUCACCUACUGGGAAACCUUAUAGCAGUCGGGCGGUCCUUGCAGUUGCCCGUGGUGACCAGGAUAACUCCUUUAUCAUGGGCAAUGCCCUGAAGAAGCUGAAACAAGGACAUCGCUGUGUUCAGUGGAAUCCUUUUCCUGUUGACUACUGGACAGAUCCCUGUAACGAAGUGGGCACGUCCUUCUCGUCCCGCCUCCUCACGGUUUGCUCCAAUCACAGCAGCGUAUCCAGACUGCUGGAGCACGUUGUCCAGCGGGCAAGUCUUAAGAUUGCCGUAGGGGCCUACCUGCACUGGUAUGAGAACUAUGGUGUUGAGCGCCAAGAUUUCCAGCUGGCCGUGGACGCAGUCUCUGAUGUCAUUCUGGAGUAUGACCGGCAGUGACGCCAUGACAGCACAAUCUGAUCCUCUGU